AUACACAGCUCCGUGUUUCAACUUGUACGCUGUAAUUGCCCGUUGAGUCGUCCAUCUGCAGGAGAACAGGUAGUUGGCCGUGUUUCAUUUCUGUACUUUGCCCCACCCACCAGCAGCUCCCAGCCCUCCUGUGUAACCCCUGAUUGGCUGAGGGGAUUGCGGGUCCUGAGACUGAGCGCUCGACUCGGAGCUGCGCGUCCGCCAGUGUGCACCAGUGAAGCGAGAGGAGCGCUUGUUGGAGUCAACUAGACAGCCUACUGGCAACGAGUGGUGAUUUCUUUUUUUUUUCUGCCUCAACCCAGGCUGGAUAUAGGCUACUGUGCCUCUACUUUGCUGCAGCCCAAUAUGAAAUGCGUUUUGUACAUACAGUAGGCUCUUGCAUCGUUUCCUCCCACUGGCUUUUGGCUACAUUUUGAACGGAUUUUUUUGUAUGUGUUGCAUGGACUAAUUACCGGGAUAUGUGCAGCCUUUUCCAAGUGAGAUACGAGGAAAAUUAAUUAGUAAGUAAAAGCUUCAAGACUUGCGGAGGGAAUGAAAGACGAAAUCUACUGGAAAUAAGAAGGUAAUCGGGAUGAGACAUUCCUGCAAUUGUACCCCAGUUCUUUAGUCAAAGAUAUCUGGACUUAAGCUGUUGAAUAAUUUUGUGAAUGCAGUUCCUUUUAGAUUUUUUCAUCAGAUGUGCAGUUUGAAAGCCUAUAGCUGCCGUCCGAAGAGGAAAUUUUUACCACUGCUUGUAAUAUAUCACACACAACAAGAUGUUUAUCCAAAAUGCGACUUAAAUAUUUGCUGGAAUCAAGGCGGUGAAUUUAACACGGACUUUUGAACCCCGUUACUCCAUCUGCAGGGAAGAUUUAAGAAAAAAAAAUUGUGGACUUGCUCACAGGAAUUGUCAUUUUGUCUCUCUGCAGUUCGAGCAUUUUUUUCUCUCCUCUCAGCCCACUUGAAAAUGGACAGUUCAUCAUGAGUCAUUUGUAAGACCAGUUUGCCGCUUGAUAAGAGCUGCACGGAUUUACACGGCUAAAUCACUGUUGUGAGAAGAUUCAGCAUGUUUUCACAGAUCUGUCGUCCCCAAUGUUUCGUCCGCUGCAGUAGACCGGAGGAUGUGCUCUGCUUGAGAAGAGUAAAAUAGGCUAAGGCACUUGUUAGAAUUAUAGCCUUCAUACCAUGAUAUAAUUUGCAUACACAAGAGCCAUUCCUCACCCAAACACUUUUCUGGACAUUUCAAUGAAAUGAUUCAUUUGGAACAUUUUUGCUCUUUUCUCUGACGAGCAUUCUUGUGCGUAAUUAUCAAGGUUUUUAUUAGGCAGAGAAAAACUCAACAGGUACAAUGCAAACCAAGGAGAUGGAAUUAAUACAAUUAAUUGCUGUGUUCCUCUUAUUCUGGGUCGGGGCUGAGGCUGUUAUCAACCUAAAGUAUGGAAUAAACGAGGAAAUGAAGCCCGGGUCAGUGAUUGGAAACGUGACAAAGGACGCACUAAAGCAAGGAUUUCAGAUUGCACCGCAGCCCCCGUACUUAAGGGUUAUUUCCAAUUCAGAACCACGAUGGGUGGAACUCAGUCCAGCCGGAAUCCUUACAACCCAAAUGAAAAUAGAUCGGGAUGUAGUUUGUCGACAGAACCCAAAGUGUAUUAUUUCCCUAGAAGUGAUGUCAAACUCUAUGGAGAUCUGUGUCAUCAAAGUUGAAAUUGAGGAUUUGAACGAUAACGCACCCAGAUUCCCAACGAGCCACAUUGACAUUGAAAUUUCUGAGAAUGCCUCCCCUGGUACCAGGUUUCCCCUAGAGGGGGCAAGCGAUCCGGACUCGGGGAUCUUUGGAGUGCAAUCAUAUUCCAUCACCCCGAAUGAGCUUUUCGGACUAGAAAUAAAGACCAGAGGGGAUGGGUCCAAAAUUGCUGAGCUCGUUGUGCAAAAAUCGUUAGACAGGGAGACACAGGCCCAUUAUACAUAUGAAAUCAGCGCAGAAGAUGGAGGAGACCCUCCAAAGAUAGGCGCGGUCCAGUUAAAUAUCAAGGUAAUUGAUUCUAAUGACAACAACCCUGUUUUUGACGAGCCAGUGUAUACAGUUAAUGUGAUGGAGAAUUCCCCCAUCAAUACAUUAGUCAUAGACUUGAACGCGACGGAUCCUGACGAGGGCACUAAUGGAGAGGUUGUAUACUCGUUCAACAGUUACGUCACCGAGAAAACGAGGGACGCGUUUAAAAUUGACCCCAGAACCGGGAUCAUCACAGUCAACGGCGUUUUGGAUUAUGAAACCACGCAAAUAUACGAAAUCGACGUCCAGGCCAAAGAUCUAGGUCCCAACUCUAUCCCAGCGCACUGCAAAGUCACAGUGAAUGUGAUGGAUACGAACGAUAACCCACCUGUCAUCAGUUUACUCUCACUGAACACAGAGAUGGUGGAAGUUAGUGAGAACGCGCAGCGGGGAUAUGUCAUUGCGCUAGUGAGGGUGUCAGAUAAGGAUUCUGGGGCAAAUGGCAAAGUGCAGUGCAGGCUGCAGGGCAACGUUCCGUUCAGACUGCAAGAAUACGAAAGCUUCUCCACCAUACUAGUGGACGGCAGGCUGGACAGAGAGCAAAAGGACACAUAUAACCUGACCAUCCAAGCGGAGGACAGUGGCAUCCCUCCUUUACGCGCCACAAAAUCCCUGGUAGUCAAAGUCACAGAUGAAAACGACAACCCUCCCCACUUCCUCAAGCCACACUAUCAAGAGAUGGUGAUGGAGAACAACCUCCCCGGUUCAUGUCUGCUGGCAGUAUCAGCAGAAGACCCGGACCUGGGGAUGAAUGGCACAGUUUCAUACUCCAUAGUCCCUGGUGAGAUUAAGCACAUGGAUGUAAACACAUAUGUCAGCAUAAACCCAUCAGGGCGCAUUUACUCCAUGAGAUCAUUCGACCAUGAAUACACCAGGACUUUUGAUUUCAAAGUUUUGGCCAGAGACAAUGGUAAUCCCUCUCUAUCUAGUAAUGCCACGGUGCGUAUUGUGGUGUUGGAUGUCAACGACAACACACCUGUCAUGACAAACCCUCCUCUGGUUAAUGGCACGGCGGAGGUUUCCAUCCCAAGAAACGCGGGGGUGGGUUACAUGGUGACCCAGGUGAAAGCAGACGACUACGAUGAGGGGGAGAACGGGCGGCUGACCUACACCAUCUCAGAGGGGGACAGGGCUUUCUUUGAAAUCGACCAGGUGAACGGAGAGGUGCGCUCCACCCGGAUGUUUGGAGAGAACGCCAAAUCCACCUACGAGAUCACAGUGGUGGCGAGGGACCACGGCAAGCCCUCCCUCUCCGCCUCGGCCUACAUCGUGGUGUACCUCUCACCAGACCUGAACGCGCAGGAGCCUAUUGGACCUGUCAACCUGUCCCUCAUCUUCAUCAUCGCCCUGGGCUCUAUCGCAGCUAUCCUGUUUGUCACCAUGAUUUUCGUGGCGGUAAAGUGCAAGAGGGAUAACAAGGAGAUCCGGACGUACAACUGCAGUUUCUUCUACUUGCGCAGGGUGGCGGAGUACUCAUACGGCAACCAGAAGAAGUCCAGCAAGAAGAAGAAGCUGAGCAAGAACGACAUCCGCCUGGUGCCACGAGACGUUGAGGAGACGGACAAGAUGAAUGUGGUGAGUUGCUCGUCUCUCACCUCCUCGCUCAACUACUUCGACUACCACCAGCAGAGCCUGCCGCUGGGCUGCAGGCGCUCCGAGAGCACCUUCCUCAACGUGGAGAACCAGAACUCACGCAAUGCAGCUCCCAACCAUGGCUAUCAGCACCCGUUCACUGGGCAGGGCCACCAACAGCCAGACCUCAUCAUCAACGGCAUGCCACUGCCAGAGACGGAGAAUUAUUCCAUUGACUCCAGUUACGUGAACAGCAGAGCCCACCUCAUUAAAAGCACAUCGACAUUCAAGGACCUGGAAGGGAACAGUCUGAAGGACAGCGGCCACGAGGAGAGCGACCAGACCGACAGCGAACAUGAUGUCCAGAGAGGACACUAUGUUGACACGGCUGUCAAUGACGUGCUGAACAUGACCGUCCCCCCCAAUGUUUGCCAGCUGCCAGACCAAGAUCCCAGCGAGGGCUUUCACUGCCAGGAUGAGUGUCGCAUCCUAGGCCACUCUGACCGCUGCUGGAUGCCCCGGGUCCCAAUCCCAGCACGUGCCAAGUCACCUGAGCACACCCGUAAUGUCAUUGCUCUGUCCAUUGAGGCCACCACGGUGGAUGUGCCCCACUACGAGGAUGGCACCACCAAGAGGACUUUUGCCACCUUCGGCAAGGAUGGGCCCGAGGACGUGGAACGGGGAGAGAUAAAGGGAAAGCGGACUCAGGAGUCUCAGGUGUGCAGCCCCAAGGCCAAUGGAGGGGCUGUCCGUGAAGCUGGCAAUGGGCGUGAGGCAGCCAGCCCCAUCACCUCCCCCGUGCACCUGAAGAGCCCAGUGUCCAAGCCGUCAUCUGCCUACAACACACUGAAAUGCCGUGACGCGGAGCGAAUCGCCAACCACAGCCUGCUGCGGCAGCCGGAGGGGAAGGACAGUGAGCCGGCUGUCAGGGAGAUCAACACACUUCUCCAUGAUGGCCGAGACAAGGAAUCCCCCAGCAGCAAGCGCCUGAAGGACAUUGUGCUUUAGCGAGCUUCUCUAUGACACACACCAACAUGCAUACACACAUACAGUGUAAACUCACAUAUAUAUACCCCGCAAUAGCUGUGUGUACACAGAAGAAAGUCAGGCUGUGGAAGUAGAGACACACCCAUUUGCAGUAUACAAUAUUCAAGAACCAGCUCGGGCUGACGAUGAUGAACUGUAGUAUGCUGCAGCUAGUUGUGCGCUCAAGCCGAGGUAGUGGAUGUGGCUUUGUUGUAGUCGCAGUACUUUUUCCUUGUUUGCUUUUUUGUUCAGUUCUCUUUCUAUCAGUCUGCAAUGAGUGGACAGGCAGGUUACUGUUGACUGCAUGGACAUGGCCGAUGGAGCUCUCCAGCCGUUGCGCCAAAGCAGGACACUACGUGUUUGGACACCUGAGGUGCCACUUCAUAAGUACAGUUAUGCCUUUUGAACUACUUUUGUAUCACAAACUGAUAUUUGCCUUCUUUGGUUUUGCAGUUUGUUCUAGCUGCCAAAAUCGCUCUUUGUUUCUUUGUAUAGUGAGCUCCGUCAAUGUAAUAAACAGCAACAGACAUACACAGGAUUCAGCUAAAGAUAUCCACAUUUACUCCAACAGUUUUCAGUGCUUUCAGGAGAAGGAAAGGGAGGCCUUUCAAUCUCAUUUGCCCCUCUCCCUGGCUAAUAAGAGAAACUUUCUCUGCAUAUCCCUGAGGACAUCCUAGUGUCAUCAGACUGUGAGGUCUUUACAGUAUUUAUAUUUUAUCACGGAUGGAGCUAAAUGAACUCUCACUAUCUGCCCAGCCACUCUGAACACUGGAAGUGGGACAGAGAGAUCCUUGUGUUCAAAUUGAGUUGUAUGAAAAAAAAGACUUACUGCUUUUGAAAUCUCCUGUGCCCAACCUUGAUUGUAGCCAGUGGAGCACAAAUUAGAACUUUGUGCUCUGGUCUUGUACUUUUUUUGACUUUUGACUAUGGGGCUAGGAUAGAAGGGAUCGUCACUCAUGUCUUGCUAUGUGAAACUCUGUAUAGGGUUUACUAUUAUCAUUUUUAAUAACCUGUUGUUAUGUGACAAUCCCUUUAAUGUUUUGUUUCAAGAGAAAAAAACAAAUAAACAUUGGUGUUCAACUGAAGCUACAGUAGCGUUUGUUACACAAACACAAAAAUAAAAAAAACAUAUAUGCCAAAAUAUAUUUUAUAAAUAAUUUAAAAAUGUAUAAUGAGAAUAUUUAAUGCUGUGUAGUUAUUUUAUGAGUAAGUUAUACUUGAAAUUAACUUGCUUUUGUUCAUUUGUCUUUUGCUUUUAUAUUGAACCUGAUUUGUUUUUUUAUUUUCAAAAUGAACUUGGAUUAUUUUUUGUUUACUGUGUGACCCCUGGCAACUGUUGACUUGCAGUCUACCUUGUUGUAAAGAGUUUCUUAUUGGUCAGUUCUUGUGCCAUCAAGUUUCUGUGUGGGCUACUAGAAAAUGUAAAAAGACAAAAAAAAACAACAAAAAAAUCAACAAAAAAAAGCGAUUUCAGCACCAACAUUAGUGUGUCAGUUCAAUGAGCUUAGAGUGAGAUAGCAAAAGAAACCAAAAAAGAUGCAAACAAAACCUUAAAGAUUGCAGGAUGUUGCUUAAUCUUAGUAUCUAAGGAGGAGAAAGAACGGCUCCCAGUGUUCUUCAAGCUGGUAACAGGGUUCCACCUAUUACAUCUGUCUAAUGAGUCGGCUUUCCUAUUGGGCCCAAUCAAGUUUAAACAAAACUUUUCAGCUUCAACUGAGGGCAUUCAGAUGUGCAGAAUAGCUUUGCUCAGCACUGCUGUCACCCUAUGCCAUCUGUGUUCACUUGAUCUCAAAGAUAAGGUUGAGACCAGAGUGGUAUAAACAGGGCUCUCCCCUCCUACGAGCACCACACAACAGACUGGGUGGAAUUGUGUUUGUAUGAACUAAGGUCUUGGGGGAACCGUGUUGCACAUCAGCAAUGUGGUUUUAUGUUGCUUUGCAGUAAACUAUGUACAAUGUGGAAAAAUAUGAAUGAAAAUGGACAAAUUGCAUACAACAAACUAGAUCUUGUAGCUGAAUGUUUUGCUGGUCUCACCCAUGGCUUCUGGCAACAUGAAAAUCGGAAUAAUCACUGAAUGUAUACAGCAGCUUAUAAUUAAACUAUUAAAUGUU